AUGCUUCUGAAGAAGCUGGUAUCAACGAGAAUGUUCCAUAUCUCUCGGAUCAGAAGAGACGUGGCCGUUCCUCAGUUCUCCAAGAAGUUGAAUGGAUCUUCUGCAGGUCCGUUUAUACAAUUACCACAGUUUACACCGUUCCAGGAUAGCAUGCUGGUGAAAAUGCCGUCAUCGUGUUCAAUCUACACCAAACUGGAUAAAGUGAGUGUCGUGAGUGUAGAACCACCGGAAACGGUUGGUCAAACCACAGAAACAGCUACGGGACCCGUUUUAUUCAAAUCUACGACUCCGAACGGCUCAUUUCUCAAAUUAUCCACGAAACAACAGUCUGUAAAUGCUCUGCUAGUGUCUAACACUGCAACUUCCAGCGUGGCAGUAAUUCAAAUUGAAGAUUAUGAGAAAGGCUGGUAUUUGACAAACCCCAGGGCCAGUAUUAUGUGUUACAGUGGAGAUCUAUCAUUUCCUUCUGAAAACAAGGUCAUCGGAAGCGGUGUAAUUGCAAUGGGUGGCGAUGGUCCUAUCUACAGAAUGCAAUUGAAUACGGACGAGCAUAUUUAUAUCAAUCCAGCUGCAGUUUUGGCAUUUGACAAAGAUAUUAAACUUACCGUUACGAAUUUAAGUCGCAAGGCAGCCUUCAUAUCAACCUCAUUGCUGCGAUUCUUCUCACAAGAUACUGUGGACGCUUCACUCCUGGCUUGGGACAAAUUGGCUGACAAAUCAAGCAUUUUUUGCCGGGUUCAAGGUCCAGGAACGAUUCUCUUACAAACAGCUUUUACACCUGGUGCUCAUUUUACUCCGUCGUCGAAAUGA